AUGGAGCCCCACGCGCGCACACUGCCGGGAUUAAAGCCGAUCACAUGGGGCGGGCCGGGGGCGAGCGAGGAGAGGCAGGGCCGCGAUGUCAGUGCCACCAGCCGCGCCUCGGCGUCCCCGGCGGCGGAAAGGCGGCCGCCGCUGCCGCCGCCGCCGCUGCUUCCCCACACCGAGCGCCGCCGUCCGCAGCCGCCGGAGACGUCCCGCUCCGCGCUCGCCACGCUCCCCUCCGCCGCCCGCGCGCCUUCACUCACAGGCACAGCCGCGGAGCUCGGCAGACAGUCCCGCCCACCCGCUCCCGCCCCGACGUCGGAGCUGCGGGCGCUCGUUGGCUGGCGCGCGCGUCACUCACGGCCUCCCCGCUCGCCCCGCCCCCUGCCGCGCCGUCCCCGCCCCGCGAUCUGUUUUCUCCGCGGCCAGUCGGGCGGGCUUGCUCCUCCCCCGCCCGGUCCCCGCUCAGGUGUCAGUGUGGCUGCAAGGCUGGGAUUAGGGAAGGAGAAUGGGCGGGGGGUCGCGCUGGGAGGAGAGGGGCUCCACCCCAACCCACUGGGCUUCCGCCCCUGCCCCGCGCACACACCCCGGCCGCGCUGGCAGCCGUGCCAGGCCAGCCCGGCUCAGCCGCAGUGGCCUCGAAGCCCACGGUGGAUCGGCACUCGCGUUGGAAGGAGACCAAAGGAAAGAAUGCGGGAUGCGGGAGGCCACAGAGUGACAGUAGCCCAGAUCUCCUCUCUGACCUGCCUGCCGCGCCACGGAAUGAGGAGCAGGUCUCCCCCUCUGCCAGAAGGUCACCUCCGCACAGACCCUCGCAGACUAACCGCAACGCCAAGGACGAGCCAGGAGGUUGGAGCCUCUUUGGGAAUAAUGGAGAGAGCUGAAUAAAUUUCUCACCCUUCA